CUCAGGAUGAACGGCCAGCAUAUACCAGGCUUCUAUUAUGAUCAAGAGAAGGGAAAGUACUUCAAGAUCCAGAGCCAGUCGCAGUCAAGGGGCCUUAACCUCAAAUACUCAACCUCGAACCUGGUCAAGGAGCGGAGGAAAGAAAGUGUAAAGAGAGCCGCAACUGCAAAGAAGGCCAGGGCACAAAAAGAGCGAGUCGUCCGCCGACAUGCCAGCAGCUUCAUCCAGACCGACCUUGACAGAGAGAUAGGCUUCAAGAGGCGGUCGGUCUACUUGCAGAGUAUAUGGCCUGGUGCCUGCAUGUCAGGUGUGAAUGCUGCGCCAGAACCUGUCACUAGCAGCGACGAACAUGGAGUGAUUCGCUUCUUCGACCGAGAUCCAGUCUCGAGAACCAUCUAUGCUGUCUGUGGUGAGAACAAAAUCAAAAGACGUCACUAUCUCGGCAAUGAUCAAGCGGCAAACCUGCAGAAUCCACAGUCGCGGAAGAAACUGAGAGCUCUCGACACCCAGUCGAGAUACGGCUACUUUCCUUGGGACGAGAUAGGCCGCACGACCUCCACCGUCUCCUCUUUCCAAUACAUGCCCACUUCCGGCGCUCUCGCAGUAACAACAAUCGGUUCAGACCGGCCGCCAAUCGUCCAACUCAGCGACCCCGAACGCGACGGACCGCACAUCUCACAACAAUUCACACCGAAAUCCUGCGCCGCAAUCUGGACAUCUUCUGCGCGCCCACCUUCGUUCUCCCCAUCAUCAGGCCAUUCGAAUAGCGUUGCCGCGAACGAGACCGAGCACCUCGCCGUCGGCGCCCAACGGUCUCUCCUUCUCUUCACCCGCUCACCCUCUGGGAGCUGGGACAGCCAGACCAUCCUCCCAGACCUCAAUGCCGACGUCCUCGCACUAGAAUGGCUGAACCACAGCACCAUCGCCGUGGGGUGUCGGAACGGGAAAAUCCACCUCUACGACGCACGCUCCGGUGGGAGCUCACACGUCCUCACGCACCCGUUCGCGAUCAGCAAACUGAGACGCGCAGACGACGCGACGCGGAUAGUAUCCUCCGGGUUGCAAGACACGCUCUUCCUGUACGACCUGCGCAUGCCACGCCUCUCAAGCCGGCGCGACAGAGACGGGAAACUCAACAUGCGCGACCACCACUACAACGAGGCGUACUUCAAGACCCUCUGCCCGGGGGACCACGAUCACAAGCGGAGGAAACUUAUGAAUCGGAGAGCGUUUGCGAAGUGGAGUCAACCUGUGCUGAGCUAUUCGCAUACGAACCUGGAUGACCCGGACCUCGAUGUUGCGGUCAACUCCAGACUGGGACUAAUUGCUGCGAGCCAGAAUAUGGAGCACAGCGACAAGGCGAUCAGGGUGAGUAAUCUGUGGACGGGCAAGUUGGUGAGGGAGUUCGAUCCGUUCGGGAAGAAAGGGGCGACGCAGCAGAAGAUACGGAGCCUUCGAUGGAUGGACGACUCAGACGGCGUUAUGAGUCUAUGGUCAACUUGGGGCGGGGACAUCGCCGCAUUCUCCUGGUAGCCAGCCCAUUCAGCAGCCUUGCACACCAUCCGUAAACCUCACA